CACGACUGCCGCCCACCGACACACAUGAGAACCUCACCUCUGUCAUCCGCACAACACCCUCACCACUUCCACGCCGACGAGAGACACAUCUCGGACACUCUGGCGAUCCAGCCAGUAUGGCCGCCUUCGUGAGGGUUUCUGGACCGCCCAACAGCAGCUUUCUGGUCGGCUACCCGGGCAUUUCUGCGACGCUACCCCGAAUCGAAGGCAAAGUCGAGAUCCGUCCAUCACAGGGCUAUUCCAUGCCCGUCUCCGUUUCGCUAGUGCGCAUAUGUUUACAACGGAGAGAAACAAUACACCCCGCCGCCGAGAAUGUCGCCAAGAGACACCUGGGAACUCCGAGGAGGGAAACGACAGACGUAGUCGGCAAAGAGCUGCUGCUAUUCAGAUGCCAAUCAGGAAAGGACGCUGAGAGCGUUAUUGCGAUGGAUCUGCCGUUCGUCCUGUUCAUCCCCUUUGGAAGAGGUGGCGAAGAAACGAACCGACGAAUACCCCCGGCAUCAUUGCAACUCCCCAGUCGAACGGCCGAGACGUACUACGAGCUUGUUGUUACCGUGCAACAAGGACACACCCUCCAGAACAAAUACUCCUUUCCUAUACCGCUACAGCGAUACGACACCUUGUCGACCUUUGGCAUGUACAACAAGCCAGAGUCGAGGCAAGUCAGCGACGCAAGCGUUGUCACACUGGGCAUAUCGGUUCCCAAAUGGAGCUACGGCCCGCUCGACCCGAUAACAGUCUAUAUAAAACUAGUACCUAAUCCCGACUGGAUGAAGAAAGCGUUGAAGGUCACGAUUCAGAAGAUCACCGUCACCAUUGAGGAGGAGAUUACGUACAACCCGGAAGGCGACGAGCCUACGAAGAAGAUCAACAAAGUAGCGAAAAACACGCAGUUGGUCAAUACGAAAAUGCCCGAGGCAGGAUACGCAACAAACCUGGGCUUGGUAUUUCCCUCCAAGGACUUGCGCGACCCGGACGGCAUUAUUCGAAGAGGAAAACCGGCAUUUCCCUUAUACGAAGUCACUUCAUUCACAACGAGCUCAACCUUGUAUAAGAUUGAGUUCUACUUGACUGUUAAGGCACAGCUAGGAUCUACCAGAGAUUUGACUGUUAGGCAGCCGCUUGUUAUUUGCCCAAUGGACCAGCAAGCGUGCAAAGAGGAAAUGGACGCCAUCGAACAGGCCGCCAAAGACGCUUCCCACGUCGACCCGAACAACCCUAUGCUCCCGGCCCGGGCGAUCGUCUUAGCGAAUGACCGAGAAUCUCUCAAGACACUAGGACUAUGUCUGGUGGGAGGGCAGAAGAAACCGCUGAUUGAAUGAACGAACGGCCAGAGUCGUACGGAGUAAUUGUAUGAAUUGCGUGGCGGAAAUCUUGGCGCCGGGCUGCGGGGUACGAGACCAGCCAGUUGAGAGGGCUGGCGAUCUACCCCGUAACAGCAAGCUUAUAUCUGACAGGGCUGGCUGGCUGGUUGUCUAACAGCUUCCACUUUCAGUCGCAGAUGCGCAAAG